AUGUCGUUUAUUGGCACUCAGCUCAAGUGUAAGGCUUGUGAGAAAACGGUUUAUCCUGUUGAUCAGCUUUCGGCUGAUGGUACUUCUUACCAUAAAGCUUGCUUCAGAUGCACUCACUGCAAAGGAACUUUAAAGCUGAGCAAUUAUUCUUCAAUGGAAGGUGUUCUUUACUGUAAGCCUCAUUUUGAGCAGCUCUUCAAAGAGCACGGAAACUUCAGCAAGAAUUUUCAAUCACCUGCAAAACCAGCUGACAAACCAACUCCUGAGCUGACAAGGUCCGCUAGUAAAGCUGCUGGCAUGUUUUCUGGGACACAAGAGAAAUGUGCUACAUGUGGCAAAACUGCAUAUCCAUUGGAGAAGGUAACAGUGGAAAGCCAGGCCUAUCACAAAUCAUGUUUCAAGUGUUCACACGGUGGUUGUCCUAUAACUCCAUCAAAUUAUGCAGCCCUUGAGGGAAUUUUGUAUUGCAAGCACCAUUUCUCUCAGCUUUUUAAGGAGAAAGGGAGCUAUAAUCAUCUGAUCAAGUCUGCAUCAAUCAAACGUGCAGCAGCCUCCGUUCCAGAAUCUUGA